AUGGCUCCCGAAAGGCGCGUUCAAUAUUUCCCCACUGACACAGAUCGUGAGGCCAGGAUGUACGGUGAACUGGGUAACAAACUAGUCCAACAUGCGAAGCGCACGCAAUCCCUCGCGCAUCUGCCACCAUACCAGACGGAGAUCGUUCGUGCGGUGACUCGCGAAGUACGCGAUCUCGAGCGGGAUGUAACACGUCUUCUAAGUCCCUUCGAGGGCUCGUUCAACCCGUCAGCUGACCCCGCAACGGCAUGUACCCUGCUGGUCAACCACCUCUGCAUGCGCCGCGACAAGCGUUGUCUACUUGCAUAUCACCGUGUACGAACUGAGAAACUCGAGGAACUUUGCUGGGUCGGAGUAGACGUGCUCGAGCAGCAGCAGCCGGUCGAUGUGUCUGAAGACCGUGGACCGAAUCAGGGCGCAGGACACAGUUCCUUGAGUCCGGAGGAAGAGGAAUACUUUCGACUAUACGGUGAUAUGCUGGCGACAUAUAAAGGGCAGUGGACGGAUAUAGACCUGACGGGGACACUAGAGCCGCCGAAAGAUCUUUUUAUUGACGUGCGUGUAUUAAAGGAUGCGGGGGAGAUACAGACUGAAUACGGUGUGAUCAACUUGACCAAAAACAGUCAGCUCUAUGUUCGACAGGGUGAUGUUGAGCGGCUCAUUGCACAAGGGUUUCUCGAGCGACUGACGUGA